AUGGACCCCCAACCUUUCCACUUUGUCAUCAGGCCAGACACAAAACGUACCGCCCCAGAUGGCCGGGUUUACACCGGCCCCGGCCCCAUUGUGCCCCUCAUCGCCGUCGACGAGCUCCCGGAAUGGCUCGAUGUCGCCGGCCUCCCCCGGGAGCUCUCGGUCGAACAAACGCAGGGACUCUACAACCUAGGCGUCGUCAACCGAAGUAAGAGACCCUACGCCGUCAAGAUCAUCCACCAUGCCACUCCAGUCGCGCGCCAGCAACUCGCUGCGUCGAGGAACGAGGGGUUGUACAGCAAAGGGGGGAAUGCUGUUGUUGUUGGUUCCGACUUUCGCCAACCAUCUCCUCGCAUCGUGGAGUCUACAACCACAGCGGAGAGAGGGGCAACCGGCCUCGAAACGAGUGACCCAGACACAGGAGAGGGGCAUUCUCAAACUUCUGUGACGGAAUGUCGGGUGAGUCACCGUGUCGGAUCGCCCCGUCACACAGCCGGGUCAGAAGGCAUCACCAGAUCCAUCCACAAGCCCCAGCGAAACCAGCCCGCUUCCUCUCCCAACUCGACACCCAGCUCACCCAACGCCGUCCCUACCAACAACCUCCCUUCGCCUACCACAUCCACCAUAGCCACCACCGACACCACCAGCACAACCGCAACAGAAUACUGUCGCCACUGGUGCCACCACGGCACCUGCAAAUGGGGCGUCAACUGCCGCUACCUACACACCAUGCCCAAUACCACAGCCGCCUUAGCCCCCAUCGGUCUCGCUGACCUGCCGGCCUGGUGGCUUGCUGCGUCGGGUACAGGGGCGAAUAUGGCUGCGGGCGGUUCUCAGUAUGCGGGUGUUUGCUAUGGGCAGAGUGCCGGUGCCGGUGGUGGUGUUGGUAGUCAGCUGCUUGAGCCGGGACAAGCGCAGGCGCCCAGUCACGCUUCGACUCCCAUCCAGAGCCCGGGUCAGACCACGGGCAUCCAGAACGGUGACAGCACGGUUAUCACUCCUCGAGGAAUAGAGCCGGUCACCAUAAACACCACAAACACCAACACGAACCCCGAAACCAGUAUCCCCAACAACCCUAACACCAUUCACCCACCACCACCAACCUCUACUCACCUCAAUACCCCCGUCAUUUCCCAAACCCUCCUCGGCCAACAACAGCACACCCCUCCCCCUCCACCACCUACCCCCUCCCAUGGUAUCGCCAGCGGCGGCACGCCCACGGGACCACCCAGCCGCAGCAAGCGGGCUAUGAAAGCCCAGCUGCGAGAGGCUGUGGGGUUGCUCCGGGAGUUGGGGCUCAAUGUACAUGUGUAUGGGCACGGGCACGGGCAUGGGCAGAACAGACACGGGAACGGAAAUGGGAAUGGUAAUGGAAACGGGAACGGAAAUGGGAAUAAGAAUGGGAAUGGAGGUGGUCGGUCGUUGAAGAAGAGGGCAGUGAAUCCGCUGGAUAAGGGGCCUGGGGUGACGGCGACGAGGACGGUGGUGGGGGACGUUAGAGGUUCUGGUCCUGUUGAUGGUAUGGUUGCAGCUGCUGUUGCUCCACUCACUGGUACGGGUGGCCAGACCCAGGCUGGGGUUGUUGCGCAGCCUGAACUUAACCAUGAGAAGAAGCCUGCGGAAGGUCAUGAACCCCAGCGAGGGGUGGAAGCCGUCGUCCAGGUUGAGAAGCUGGUCGAUGUUUAG